UUUUAGAUAAGUAUUUUCAGGAAUUCUGCCAUUUCAGGGUAAGGCAUAAGCAACUUCUGAUGCUAGUACGAGGGGCAUUUUGAGCCAGAAAGAUUUCAUUUUAUGAAUCUGGCCACCCGGAUUGGUCAGAUUCUUUUUGAAACCAGGUGGGAGUGUAUCUGACAGCUUCAGUCUUGCAAAUUGUAGCCACAAAUCCAGUGCAGGAGUUUGCAGAGGCAAAGACAUUUUAUCAUGACUUGGAUCAGAAAGAAUGCUGAGAUCUUUUUCUAAUCUGACACUGCAGCCUCCCACUGAAAUGGGGGGGGGAUUUGCAUAAUUCUGGGGGCCGCCUCCCCUUGGAGGUAAGGAAUGUGGGCUGGGAAGUGCCAUUCCCAGGCGGUGGAGAGCUGGCACCGCUGAGCUAGGCGAGGCCAGGCUCCUGCUUUGUGGGCGCCACUUGCAGUUUUUCACCAUCUUUCACUUAAAACAAAUAGGAGAUAAUUCCAGGCACAGAAACGCAACUGGAAAAAGAGUCUUUUUUUUUUUUUUUGGCUGGACAUGGUGGUAAAUUCUCUUUGCUGGGACUGAGAAACCAGUUUGAACAGGAUGCAGUGAGUCAAUGACAGUGGGAAGCCCAGGGCUUCAUUGUGUUUUCUUAUUCAAGUACUGUCCCUUCCAAACCUCUGUGUCCCUGGUCCCUGGCAGUUGUGUGGUGAAAGUUGUGUCUAAUCCUCUGAGAAUUUAGAGCUGAGGAUGGGAGCAAAGCGAGCGCUCAUAAACUGGUGAGGUGUUCUCAUGGAAGCUUCCUUCCCCCAUGUUAGUAAUCCAGAGCCUACCAACCUCCCAGGGCUGUACAGAGGCGCGGAUGUUAGAAAGUGGGGUCCCUGGCACCACGAAACACCUCCAUGGCAAGUUUGUGUUCUCAGUUGCCUGUUGAGAAGAAAAUGAGACGCGGCCACCCAAAACUGUGUCUUUGUGAAUCUGUGGUAACCUCUGAGAAAGUCGUCAGCCACCUACCUCCUCAGAGAGCCCAGCCUCGGGAGCGGCUGUCAGGGACUUGAGGUGCCCACACAGAGCUGGUUUCCAAGCUGUCUUCUCACAUCCCUCUGAGGGGACGUGGGCUGUAGCGGUGGGCCCUGUGGUUUCUUUUCUGUGGCUGAGAAGACCUAGGCAGCAUUCACCCAUCGGCCACCCAGGAAGGGACCUACCCUCCACCCCACAAGGCCAAAAUAUGUCCUCCACUUUUUUUCCCCUUUGCAAAAUUGAGCUCCAAGCCUAUCGCUCUCUGUGGCCCGAGAUUAUAAGAGAAAGACAAAAUGUGGCUACGCUUCCUAUGCUUGUUGAAGCCCAGUGACCUCUUCUGGAGAACUUGGCGAGGGAUAAGCCUGCUACUUGGGUGUAUUCAGAGGAGAAACUAACUGACAAUCGUCUCAAAGAAAGGGAUGUGUAAGACCCUAAUGAUGACUGCUGAAAGACAAAUGCUUUUUUCUUUUCUUUAGAGGAUUCUUUUAGUUUAAAGAUGCAGUGGGCUUCAUCCUUAAUUUGGGAGGAGAAAGAGGCACAGUUAGCUUCAGUACUUGUUGAGUAAGCACCCUUAUCUGUGAGUGUGGCAGACAAGAAAGACGGCACUUCUCACAAAGACUCUGGAAUGAUCUGUGGGCUGCCCGACGCAUUCUACCUGGUUAGCCCUGUUGGUAGUUUCGAGAGCAUCAAUUCCAAGCUGAUUUUCACGGGAGGAGCGUGGAGAACAAACCCUAGAGAAUCCAUUCAGCUUGGGAUCUUAGGGAAGAUUUUCUCUGGAACACUCUUCUUAUAGGAAGUCAGAUCUGUUUUAAAAGGGUAGGAAGAGCCAUGAGCAGUAGCAGGCAAAUCAUGGCAAGCUACUCAGUCUUAUGAACACUGGGGUGAGUUGAGGAGCUGAUAGCAAAGUUGACUUUUGUUUCCAGAAUCACUGACUCUUUGUGUCUAUGGACAGCUCUCAGUUCUUGUCUCUGCUGUCUCUGUUUCCCCACCUAUAAAAUUGGGAUAGCAGUUAGAUUGGACGUUAUUCAAAGUAAUUGGUUAAUGUCUGUGACCCUUUGAGCUCCUGGGUGGUGAAUUUACAAGGGAGUGUGGAGCACACUGUUUGCUUGCAGUUUUACUGUCAGAAGCCAUGAACUCUUUGAGCAAGCUGAUCACCUUCUUUAGAACUAUCCUAGGAAGCCACCCUGCGACCCACCUCUGCCCCCUGCAAGACCACGCCAGAUAGCCGGGCACAAGAUGAACCAGCACACCGUCGGCUCAAGAUGCACCAGACCCUCCAACUGAACCCCGAGAGCCCGAAAAUGUCUGCGUGCAGCGACUUUGUGGAGCACAUCUGGAAGCCCGGGUCCUGCAAGAACUGCUUCUGCCUGCGGAGUGACCAUCAGCUGGUGGCCAGCCAUCCCCAGCCCCGAGCCGGCAGCCUGCCCCCUCCACUGCGCCUGCCCCCCAGGCCUGAGCACUGCCGCCUAGAAGAUGAAGGUGUGAACAGCUCGCCCUACUCCAAGCCCACCAUCGCCGUGAAGCCCACCAUGAUGAGCUCCGAAGCCUCUGACGUGUGGACGGAGGCCAACCUGAGUGCCGAAGUCUCGCAGGUCAUCUGGAGACAAGCCCCCGGCAAGCUCCCGCUCCCGAAGCAGGAGGACGUCUACCUGGGCAGUUUCCGCAGCGCGCAGAAGUCCGCGGGUCCCUCGGCCGCCGCCAACGGCAACGCGCGCUGUCCCCCUGCCUACGCCAUGGUCGGCCUGCACAGCCUCGAGGCCCGGGGGGAAAGGAGCGUGGCCUUCCACCCUGUGAGCUUCCCAGAGGACAAAGGCAGGCGAGAAGAUAAACCUUCAGUUCCCUACCCAGACCUGCCCUCUGCUCAGGAGAGCUUCCGCCAGAGACUGGCUGCUUUCGCCGGGACAACAUCUGGCUGUCACAAGGGCGCCUCUCCGCAGCCCCUGCGCGAGUCCUUGCCCUCGGAGGAUGACAGUGAUCAAAGGUGCUCGCCCUCCGGGGACAGCGAAGGCGGAGAGUACUGCUCCAUCCUGGACUGUUGCCCAGGGAGUCCCGUUGCCAAGGACGCCUGCCAGGCAGAGGGCCACCGGGGCAGACGUGGCGGAGGGGACUGCUCGCCGACAUGCUGGGAGCAGGGAACGUGUGCCCGGCCCGCUGAGGAUAAGAAGCGGGUUCUGAGCUUCCCCAGGGAUUUCUGUAGCCAGGGCCAGCCCGCCAACCCACCCUGCCUGGGCCCCAAGAAGCCGUCCCUCUCCUUGGAGGCUGCCACUUCUUCCGACGGCCUGUCCUGUGGAAGUAGCAGCAGCCGGGCCAGCAGCCCCUGUCCCCCCCACCUCGAGAGCGAUUACUGCUCUCUCAUGAAGGAACCCGCACCAGGGAAGCAGCAGGACCCUGGCUGCCACGGGGCGACCUCUAGCAGACGCCUAGGGCUGGCAGGCGACGCCCCGCCCCCCGCCCACCCCAGGGAGGCUGCGCAGCCCGAGCCCAUCUAUGCGGAGAGCACCAAGAGGAAGAAGGCAGUCCCAGCGCCUUCCAGGCCACAGGCUAAAGCAGAACAAGCAUCAGCUGCCCAGGGCCAGGGCCAGGGCCAGGUACGGACAGGUAACAGCGUCUGGUCCCAGAAAACGGCACCCGGCUGGGGCAGGGAUAGCCCAGACCCGGCUCCCCAGGUGGCGGCCACCAUCACUGUCAUGGCAGCCCACCCAGAGGAGGACCAUCGGACCAUCUACCUGAGCAGCCCUGACUCUGCGGUCGGGGUGCAGUGGCCACGCGGGCCUGUGAGCCAGGACUCCGAGGUGGGCCAAGAGGAGACUUCCGCCAGGCAGGGGCGGAGCUCCAGGGAAAGCCGCAGUCACGACGCCAGCAGGAACACACCCAAGGGCAGGCCCGCCAUUCCCCCCAAGCUGUCCAAGAGCAGCCCGGGAGGGUCCCCGGUGUCACCCUCUGCCUCCCCACUGGCUGACCUCAGUGAGGGGAGCUCUGGUGGCGGUGGUGGUGGCAUUGGGCCCCCGCCUGCAUCCAGAGGCCCCACUGACCCUGCUUCUUCCUGCCGGGCCAACAGUGACCCUGCCCGCUGUCCCCUGCCUGCUGCUGCCUCCUCCUCCUCCACCUUGGACCAGAGGCGGCCCAGGUUCCAGACGGGCACCUGGAGCCGUCAGUGCCGGAUAGAGGAGGAGGAGGAGGUGGAGCAGGAAUUGCUGAGUCAAAGCUGGGGAAGAGAACUGAAAAAUGGCACCAUGGACCAUUCACACUCCACGACCUGGCACCGUCUCCACACCACUGACGGCUCCUCUGGGCAGAACAGUAAAGUGGGCACUGGGAUGAGCAAGUCGGCCUCUUUUGCCUUUGAGUUCCCCAAGGACAGAAGUGGGAUUGAGACAUUCUCACCUCCUCCCCCGCCUCCAAAAUCGAGGCACCUUUUAAAAAUGAACAAGAGCAGCUCUGAUUUGGAGAAAGUGAGCCAGGGCUCUGCAGAGAGCCUCAGCCCAUCCUUCAGGGGUGCCCACGUCAGCUUCACCACCGGCUCCACAGACAGCCUGGCCUCAGACUCCAGGACCUGCAGUGAUGGAGGUCCGUCGUAUGAGGCGGCUCACUCGCCCACCAUCAGCGGGAAGAAGCUCUUUGCUCCCAUGCCAUUCCCUUCGGGCUCCACCGAGGAUGUGUCCCCCAGCGGGUCCCUGCAGCCCCCUCCGCUCCCCCAGAAAAAGAUAGUGAGCCGGGCAGCCUCCUCCCCCGAUGGCUUUUUCUGGACCCAGGGCUCCCCCAAGCCCCGGACAGCAAGCCCCAAGUUGAACCUAAGCCACUCGGAAACCAACGUCCACGAUGAGUCUCACUUUAGCUAUUCCUUGAACCCGGGGAACCGCCACCGUCACGGCUUCUCCUCUUCUGAGCCCCUGGAGAGAGCUUUCAAGGGCAACGGCCCCUGGGUGCCCGUGCCCGGGCCGGCGGGCAACAGAAGCGGCGGUGGGAGUCCCGGGCCGCAGUGCAGAGGGGCCGCCUCCGCCUCGUCCUCCCAGCUGAGCGUGUCCAGCCAGGCCUCGUCCGGCAGCGCCCAGCUGCAGCUCCACAGCCUCCUGAGCAGCAUCAGCAGCAAGGAGGGGACCUACGCCAAGCUGGGGGGCCUCUACACCCAGUCCCUGGCCCGCCUCGUGGCCAAGUGCGAGGACCUCUUCAUGGGCGGCCAGAAGAAGGAGCUCCACUUCAACGAGAACAACUGGUCGCUCUUCAAGCUGACUUGUAACAAGCCCUGCUGUGACUCGGGGGAUGCCAUUUAUUACUGUGCCACCUGCUCCGAGGACCCCGGCAGCGCCUAUGCUGUGAAAAUCUGCAAAACCCCUGAGCCCAAAACGGCCUCCUACUGCAGCCCGUCCGUGCCCGUGCACUUCAACAUCCAGCAGGACUGCGGCCACUUCGUCGCCUCGGUGCCCUCCAGCAUGCUCAACUCUCCCGACGCUCCCAAGGACCCCGCGCCCGCCCCGCCCUCACAGCCACCUGCCCAGGAGCAGGACUGCGUGGUGGUCAUCACCCGGGAGGUGCCCCACCAGACCGCCUCCGACUUCGUGCGGGACUCGGCGGCCAGCCACCAGGCCGAGCCCGAGGCUUACGAGCGGCGCGUGUGCUUCCUGCUCCUGCAGCUCUGCAACGGGCUGGAGCACCUGAAGGAGCACGGCAUCAUCCACCGCGACCUGUGCCUGGAGAACCUGCUGCUGGUGCACUGCGCGCCACCCGCGGCUCCUGCCACCAACGCCCCUCCGGCGCCCGCCCCCGCGGCCCAGGGCCCCUCUGCCGCCGUCCCCGCCGGGGCCGUGCCCGGGGAGAAGCAGCUGCCCCGGCUCAUCAUCAGCAACUUCCUGAAGGCCAAGCAGAAGCCGGGCGGCACCCCCAACCUGCAGCAGCAGAAGAGCCAGGCCCGCCUGGCCCCCGAGAUCGUGUCCGCCUCCCAGUACCGCAAGUUCGACGAGUUCCAGACGGGCAUCCUCAUCUACGAGCUGCUGCACCAGCCCAACCCGUUCGAGGUGCGGGCCCGGCUACGGGAGCGGGACUACCGGCAGGAGGACCUGCCCCCGCUGCCCGCGCUGUCGCUCUACUCGCCGGGCCUGCAGCAGCUGGCGCACCUGCUGCUCGAGGCUGACCCCAUCAAGCGCAUCCGCAUCGGCGAGGCCAAGCGUGUGCUGCAGUGCCUGCUGUGGGGGCCCCGGCGCGAGCUGGUGGAGCCCCCCGCCGCCUCGGAGGAGGCGCUGUGCGGCACCCUGCACAACUGGAUCGACGUGAAGCGGGCGCUGGUGAUGAUGAAGUUUGCGGAGAAGGCGGUGGACCGCAGGCGGGGCGUGGAGCUGGAGGACUGGCUUUGCUGCCAGUACCUGGCGUCCGCGGAGCCCGGAGCCCUGCUCCAGUCGCUGAAGCUCCUGCAGCUGCUGUGAGCCAAGCCCUGGCCUGCCCCUCCCCUGUCGGGCCUCCCUUCUACCUUGCCUUGGAAGCAUCCGUGUCUCCCUGGGAAAUGGUACAGAUGACUGGCAUACUUAGAUGUAAUAUAUAUAUAUAUAUAUAAUAUAUAAAUAUGAAAGCCUCUGGCCUCCCCUCCUUGCCAAGUCUUCCCGAGUUUUCUCCUGUAAUUAUGUACAUUCCCAGUUCCCUGCAAGGUCCUGAGGACAGUUCUGCCAACAGAAUGAAGCCUGGACUCUGGCCUCACUGCCCUGUUUUGGAAUCUCUUCACCCUUUUGUCAAAUUGUUAAUAAAAAAAAAAAAGAAAAAAACUCCAUUUAAAAAAAUUUUAAAUUUUA